AUGUAUACGUGGAAAACUCGAGAUAAAGUUGUUCAAUGGGCUGUGGAACAUGGUUGGAAAAUCAAUUGCGUCCUAGUUAAAGGAAGACAAAGCCGAAAGGAGCGGGUUGAGAUGGUUUGUGAGAGAGGUGGGAAGAAAGUAAGCAAGAAGAAAAAGGGUGAGGUGUAUGUUGGGAAGACCGGGAAAAAGUAUAAGACUAAAUCAAGGAAGAUAAAUUGUCCCUUCAAAAUCGUCUUCAAUUGGAACUCAAAUGAAACGGUUUUCACCUUGAAUAAAGAUAUGGAUUGCGGUCAUAACCAUCCACGUCCAAAGGAUCUUCAUGGACAUUAUAGAUCCGUAAGACUCAAAGCUCAUAAAUAUGCGGAGGUAGAUAAAAUUACACGAGCACGUAUGGCACCCUCUAAAAUUCUUAGUAAAUUGAAGGAGGAUCAUAAGAAUAACAAGACUACGUUGCAACAAAUCUAUAACGCUAGAAGUACUUUGAGAAGGAAGGAUUUGCAAGGUAGGUUGGUGAUGCAACAAUUAUUGUGGUUGGCGCAAAAGAAGAACUAUGCUUGCCAAAAGAAAUUGGAUAAAUUCGGCCAUGUGACGCACCUUUUUAUUGCCCAUCUGGAAUGUGUAAAGUUGGAGUUAUGCUUCCCACAAGUUCUCAUAUUGGAUUGCAGUUACAAGACCAAUAAGUAUGCGAUUCCCUUGAUGAACGUUGUUGGUCAUACGUCAACCAAGUCACCUUUCAUCGUUGCUUUUUGUUUUUUGAAAGAUGAGUUGAAAGAAAGCUAUGUUUGGGCAUUGGAACAAGUGAAGUUAGUCUUCCGGGAGGAUGCUCUUCUAAAGAUCAUGGUAAGCCGAACCUUGAAGUCUAAACUGAAUAUUUCCAAGUGUGAUAGUUCGGCUCGCGGAUGUGGUUAUUUGUUUGCCGAACUAUGUUCAUGA